AGGCCGGGGCGGCGGUGGCGAGGACUUGCUGCGUGGGGCUGUGGGAAUCUGCCAGGAGUUAAUGCAUUUAAAGUGCUUAGCACAAUGCCUGACACACGCACGCUGCAUCUUACACCAGUUACAUAUUUGUCUCCAUUGUCAAACGCAAGGCACUGCUAGAUGCUGAGAGCAACACACUGAUGCAAAAGACUUGAAACUUGCCCUUAAGGAGCUAAUGUGGCCUGAAAGUAUGGCAGGAUUUCUAUAGUGUAUCUAGCAUGAGUUCCAGAUCUUGGCAUUUUAUCCACCUUCGACACUCUUAUCUCCACCUCCUGGAGAAUAAAUGGGAUUUGCAUGAAUUCCACAUUCUGAAUUGAAAGACAGACUGCAUUGCUAAUAGCCUUUUCUUCUGAUUGUUAAUAACAGCUCCAGAAUAUUAAAUGUCGUCAGAAGACCGAGAAGCUCAGGAGGAUGAGUUGCUGGCCCUGGCGAGUAUUUACGAUGGAGAUGAAUUUAGGAAAGCAGAGUCUGUCCAAGGUGGAGAAACCAGGAUCUAUUUGGACUUGCCGCAGAAUUUCAAGAUAUUCGUGAGCGGCAAUUCAAAUGAGUGUCUCCAGAAUAGUGGCUUUGAAUACACCAUUUGCUUUCUGCCUCCACUUGUGCUGAACUUUGAACUGCCACCAGAUUAUCCAUCCUCCUCCCCACCUUCAUUCACACUUAGUGGCAAAUGGCUGUCACCAACUCAGCUGUCUGCUCUUUGCAAGCACUUAGACAACCUGUGGGAAGAACACCGUGGCAGCGUGGUCCUGUUCGCUUGGAUGCAGUUUCUUAAGGAAGAGACCUUAGCAUACCUGAAUAUUGUCUCUCCUUUUGAGCUCAAGAUGGGUUCUCAGAAAAAGGUGCAGAGAAGGAUGGCUCAAGCCUCCCCCAGCACAGACCUAGCUUUUGGAGGAGCUGCUGGAUCCGAUGUUGACCAAGAGGAAGUUGUGGAUGAGCGAGCGGUGCAGGAUGUGGAAUCACUGUCCAGUCUGAUCCAGGAAAUCUUGGACUUCGAUCAAGCUCAGCAGAUUAAAUGCUUUAACAGUAAAUUGUUCCUGUGCAAUAUCUGUUUCUGUGAGAAGCUGGGUAGCGAAUGCAUGUACUUCCUGGAGUGCAGGCACGUGUACUGCAAAGCCUGUCUAAAGGACUACUUUGAAAUCCAGAUCAGAGAUGGCCAAGUUCAGUGCCUCAACUGCCCAGAACCCAAGUGUCCUUCGGUGGCCACUCCUGGUCAGAAAUUAAUAGACUUACGAAAUGAGUACCUGCAAGCAGAUGAGGCCAAUAAAAGAUUUUUGGAACAGAGGUAUGGCAAGAGGGUGAUUCAGAAGGCGCUGGAAGAGAUGGAAAGUAAGGAAUGGCUAGAAAAGAACUCAAAGAGCUGCCCGUGUUGUGGGACUCCCAUAGAGAAAUUAGAUGGAUGUAACAAGAUGACAUGUACUGGAUGUAUGCAAUAUUUCUGUUGGAUUUGCAUGGGUUCUCUCUCUAGAGCAAACCCUUAUAAACAUUUCACUGAUCCUGCUUCCCCGUGUUUUAAUCGGUUGUUCCAUGCUGUGGAUGUUAAUGGAGAUAUUUGGGAAGAUGAGAUUGAAGAUUAGUUAACUCCUGCUCAAGAUAAGGAAAUGGAAUGGUUUACCCAAAUCUUGUGUCAAGUACACAAAAUAGUUUUGCAGGCUAUUUAGGGUACCAUUUAUGCACUCAUCCUUUGUAGAAGAUGUGGAAGAACAAGGUUUAUAUUUCCAUGUGGUACUACUGAUAAAGGCACAUGCACACGUUUUUCAAUGUAACAUAGAGAAAAUUAUAAGCCAAAGGUUCAAUGAAAACUAGAGAAUAUUAAAUACUACAGUGUGCCCGAAGCUCUGAAUAGUUAAAAAGUAAAUAUUUAUUUUCUUCCCCAAGUUUUAGGUGAAGAGAGGAGUCAAGAGUUAAAGUUAUAGACCUUUUUAUCUGAAAGCAUCCCUCUAAGACAUUAGGGGGAGUCCCCUCAGUACU